AUGUCAACGACACGGUGGUUGGACAGCCAGGUAGCUACCCCGAGCUCGACCGAAAAUACCAAUACCUUGGUUGCCGUCUCUAACCAGCCUGAUACAUCAACACCACCCCUGGAUCAAAGACCCCAUAGCUCUAGCUACGUGGCAAAGAAGCCAGCUGCAGGGAAGAACCACUUCGACAACAAUCAUCGUCUCUUGGAGAUGAAUUCUACGGAAGGUCAGAAGUCAGGUCAGCCUCUUCAGCACCAUGUAGUUCCACUAGCAGCGCCAGAAGAAAAUGCUGCUGGCUUCACAUGGUCCGUUCCACCUGCUUGGACCAAACAUCCCUUGCGUCGUCACCGGCCUGGUGUGCCACUCGAUGAGACUGAAACCUCAUCAUUCGCAGUUCCUCAAAAGGGCUUUCAAGCUGUGUCCGGGACUCCCGAGCAUACGGGGACGCAAGCACCUCCUUCACGACAGCCAAAAGAUAACGACAAUCGUGUGAUUUUCAAGACCACCACCCCUCCGACCGAGUAUCGACCGGUAGCUUCUAUCAGCCGUCGACGUGUAGAAGCGGCAAGUCAGAGCUCGACUAUGUGUCAUCCUUGGGAAGACUAUAGUAAUACUGGAGCUAUGGCCGAAAAUACACCAGGCAAUAUAGACCAAGCGGCCAACGAUGCUACAGAGUCACCAAAUGAGGCAAUGGUGUACGGCUUCCGGAAUGGCCGAUCAGAGGAGCCGAUAAGAUACAUGGUGCCAGGUAUAGUUUCUGACGAGAUUGUCCCCAGUUCUCUACCAUCCAAUGCUCGCAAGAUCCCAGGUCCGGCCGAGAAUCACAUUUCAAAUCGAGACCACGGAAGUAAUCUGGGAACCCUGAGCUUCGAAUUGCAACCUAGCUCUGAUACCAUCCAGAGAAAAAGAAAGCGUGAUCGACCACAAAGAAUAACUCCAGAACAUGCUUUUGCGAUUGACUCACGAGAAACGCCUCCGAGAAGACCAGACUAUGCAAACUCUGUGGCACGGCAUAACCAUACUCACAGCCGCUCCAAGUCCCGUCCGCUUGCCAAUCACGCAGAGUAUCGGGUCCCAAGUCCUGGGAGCAGCUCCACACUCUCAGCAACAAAUAGAGAUGCCAAGUACAUUCUUGAAAAGCUAAACCAAAAGCACGCAAGAAUGUAUGAGGAUGAGCGAGCCCAUCGCGAACGUUUAGAAGCCAUGAACUCAGAGCUUCGUCGAAAAUGUGCUUCGCAAGAAGAGUGCAUUCAAGGCCAGGCAUUCCGCCUCACUGAGCUUCUUGAGUCAACAGCUUCAUGGGAGCUCGAGAAAGAGAAACUGGUUCAAGAUGCUAAUUCUCAAAAUGCUGAACGCAUCAAUCAGGAUAGCGAGGUGUUCGGGCUUCGCCGUUUGCUGGAACAGGAGCAGCACAGAGCCGAAGAACAAUCCGAGCAGAUCAAAGCUCAAGAAAAGGCAAUGGCAGAUCUUCAGCACAAACAUCUUGGCCUUGAGUCUAAGAAGGCUAGACUUCAUGAAAAGGCAGCCAGGAUCAAGGAGACUAUCAACGAAGCCAUUAGAGAACAACAGGAGCUUCACCAGCGUAACAAGAUGCGAUUGGAAGAGGUUCUUUGUGAAGUCCGGCAGGAAGCACAGGACAUCAAGGUUAAUGUUGGCCUUGCGCUCACGAAGACUGAUGAAGUACAGAAGCGUGUUUUGAAUGCUGCAAGGGCAGUCCGUCAAGAGAAUGCAGUGGCUCUCGCAGAAAAAGACCUCAUCGUGAAGCAUCUUACAGAUCAGUUGCUGGAGAAGGAUACAUGUCUUGUUCGUGAACAAGACACAGUCAGAAGGCUACUGGAUAACUCAGGGAAAAUCGAUGCUCUAGAAACCAGCCUUGCUACCCGUUUCAGUGAAUUCCUGGAGCUGUAUGAACAAGAUAAAUGUCGACUUGCCAAGGACUCGCAGCAGCAAGGCUGUUUGGAGUCCAAAAUAAACUUGCUCGUUGAAAGCAUGAGUGAAAACGCUUCACACAAUUCGAACCAAGCUGAAGCUUUAUCCGGCGUCAGCCUCAGGCUUACCGAAUCAGUCGCACCACUUCUGAAUAAUAUUAGCACCACUAUUCCACGUCAACUGAGCCAUAUCGAGGCCUCUUUAGAAUUACUGCAGACCCAGCACUCCGCAAGGGAGGAUGCUCUCGUCAUUGAGCUGAAGGAAUGCAAACAGGGCAACUCGGUGCUGGCAACAAUGAUCGAGGAGAAGCACAACGAGAGUGACCGUCUUGAGACUGAGAUCUACAAGCUGCAAAACGAUCUGGACACAAAGACAUGCGAAAAUGCAACACUCCAGGAGAAAUUACAAGCUGGAGAGAAGCAGCUAGAGUGCAUGGCUGAAAACCUGGCUGAGAGCGAGCAGAAGUUGAGCGAUGCCAUGAAAAAGCAUGCUUUGGAGACGGAGCAGUGUCUAGAGCGUCUUGCCGCGGCGGAAGCUUCCUCAGCAACCAACUGCCACAGGGUCUCCAGCCUAGUGACAGACCUUGGGAAAGCUCGUGAUGAUGCGAAACAGGCUGAGCAGAAGCUAUUUAUGGCACAGUCUGCUUGGAAAAUGCGGUCACUCGAUGCUGACGAGAAAAGAGAUGAACUUGAAGCGCAACUCAGAGAAAAGGAGGACGUAAUACAUGGGCUCCAAACUAAGUUGAACGUACUAAUAGCGCAGCAAGAACAUGAAUCAGCAAAAGACAAUGAGAGACUGGCGGCCUCAAAAGUUCAAACCGAGACAGACGCCACUGCCAUGAAGAACCUGAGUGCAGAGCUGAAACAAAAAGAACAAGCCGUUCGAGAUGCCGAGAAUCGCUCCAAUUCUCUUGCACAUGAGUUGUCCGACAUGCGAAAACGAGCGACAGAGCUUGACCAGCUACUCGCUGGGAAAGUUGACGAUCUGGCAAGGAUGCAAGCCUCUCUCGAUUGUCGCACUGCUGAGUUGCAAUCAUCGGAAGAGCGCCAUCAAUGCGCAACUGCGACUAUUGCUAGCCUGGAAUCAAAGGUCAAUAAGCUAGAAAUCUCCCAGCAAUCACUAAGCGCUGCUGGAGAACUGAAAUCAGAGUGGCAUAAAUGGGUUUCGGCUCUUUGUGAGAGACUCAAGGAGUGGGUGGUAUUGAAAAGCCCUACUGCUUCAAAGAUAUACCAUCAGCUCCUAAAGCAGCCCGGCUUGCCAGGAGACAUGCAGGAGUUUGUCGAACUAGCCAGUGUUUUCCUGGCAAUCUACCAAUACUUGAAGCAGCAGGUUAUUCCCAAUACGCCAGAGAUCUCGGAGCUCGCGUUGAUACUCAAAAACGCCGAGGCCAAACGAGUCAAGCUAAACAGUCCGUUGGAAGUAGUACCAUCUGCUGUAAUCGUAUCUGUUCAAGAGGAGAGGAACAUCCGCAGGCGCAGUGUGCGACCUGUUCCAAUACUAAGACAGACGCAAGCUGACAUGCCGUCCACGCCGCAGCCUGAGAGAGAACAGCAACGAAUCCGUUCCACCAAUCCUCAGGCCAAGAGCUUCAGGCGUCGGUCAAGCUUUCAGUCUAAUACAGACAUGCUUGGGUUCAAUAAUGUCACCCCAGCUGCGACUCGAGAGGGCAAGGAGAGGAACAGUACCGUGCCACCUGCUGGUUCGAGGGGCGUGCAACCCCCAUCGCAGCAAAAAUCACCGAACAGAAUGGUGACUCGAAGUCGUCGAAGGCUGUUCGCUCCCAAUGAUCACCAAUCCAACCCUGAGGUAGCCUUUCAUGGCGUAACCAUUAAUCUUUGA